UCCCUACGCAACCCCCACGAUGGACAGGAACUACGCGACCUCCGGCUUCGCCGACCAGCCGCCGCCGCCGCCCGCGCCCCCCGCUGCCCCGGCCUCCGCCACCGCCGCCAGCGCAGCCGCACAAACCCCCGCCACUGCCUGGGCCUACGAACCCCGAGCCGCGGCCGCCGCCGCCAGUAGCAGCGGCAGCAGCGGCAGCAGCCCCAGCCUCAAGGCCAGUUUAAGCUAUGAAGAAGGACAUCCCUCACUCUCUGAAACAAAUCUCCUUCACAGACAGACUUUUGCAGCCUCUCAUCAGCUUCCUGGAUAUCCUACCACACCUCAGCCAUCCGGUCUUUCUGGGAUAUUUGAUACUGGUGUGAACAGUGCCACCACUAACACUAAGGAAUCUUCAGUAAUGAACUUUCUCUCUUCUGUUGAAUCUCGAACAGCUCAGGCUGCUUCUUCAGGAACUACUCUUUUACCACAAUUCAGGGCUCCAUCCUGGCAGACAGGUAUGCAUUCCUCAGCAGCAGCUGAGCUGUUUGUUACUGGAUCUUUGCCAACCACUGGAACACUUCCACCUUCUGCCCUCUCUGCUUAUCAGCAUCCCACCACCUUCAGCAAUAGGAACUUCGCCACCACCUCACCUUUGGUGCUUCAGGAUUCAACUUUUAACACUACAUCCAACGGGAUUUUAAAUCCUCAUGACCCUUUGCUACAAAUCAAAACUUCCCAGGGAACUGUUCCAACUGCUUUGGCAUUUGAGCGCCUUGGCAGUUCUGUAUUAAGUAACAGCAUACCACCUCAGUCCUCAACGUAUCGCUCAGCUCAAGAGUCUGCACCACAUCUUUUACAACCUCAGUUCAGUUUGUUGCCUUCACCACUUGGGGGAACCCAGCAAACUCCUCAAGCCUACAGUUCAACUCUAUUUACUAAUUCUACAGCUUCCAUUGAAAGAGCUCUUCUUCGAGAAUGUAGUGUUAUUAAACACCAUCAGCGGCCUUCAGGUACCCAGUCUGUUCAGACACAACUGACUGGUUCACAGCAUUCCUUACAUACGUAUCUAUCAAACGCAAGUGUAGUUAAUUUUCAGGAAACAAGCAGGCAGUCAUCUUUAUCCUGUAGCCCAAUUGGAGAGUCCACUCAGGUGAGCAAUGGAGAAUUGCAGCAGAAGACCUCCCAGGUCUCAGUGGAACUUGCUCAGUCUUAUUCAUCUGCAAUUCCAUCAUCAGGGUAUCCUCCUUCCACUACAAAAAUAAAAAGCUGUUCUACGAAACAACCACUCACAUCAACUAAAACCCCAAAACCUCAAAGUGUAAUUCCUCCUGUGCAAACACUAAGCUAUUCCAAACCUUUACACAACCAGAGUUCUGUAAUAUCAGGCCAAGCACAAAUUUAUUCUACAGCGCAACUACCAAGCCUUUUAUCAGUUAGUCAAUCCCAAAAUUAUGGUUUAGUACAGCCACAUAAUGUGCCAUCUAUUGUUCAUUCACAGGUUUAUAGGUCCAGCAAGGUUGAAAAGCUGCCACCCUUAUAUAAAACAUUGACUUUUUCUGGCUCAUCUCAGACUAUAACUUCUGAAAAUCAGACACUUAAUUAUUCUUCUAAUCAGCAAGAGGUAUUAUCUUCAGUUACAAAUGAGAAUUACCCUGCUCAAACAAGAGAUCUGUCUUCAGUUAGCCAGUCUCAAAGUUACUCAUCUGGUCAUUCUCAGGGUUUGUCCCCAGUUAGCCAGACACAGGUUAAUUAUUCAUCUCAAUCACAAGUUUUGUCAGUUGUUAGUCCUUCAGAAAGCUAUGCGUCAGGGCAGUCCCUAACAUUAACAGCUCCUUCUCUUUCUUAUUCUUCCACCUCUCGAGCUCAGAGUUUGCCAGAUUCUAGCACAACCCAGAAUUAUAUUUCUAUGCAUUCUUCCCAAAAUGCUCAGGCUCAAGGGUCAUCAUCUCCCCAGUCCCAAAAGUUUUUGCCUGCUGUCCAAUCAUCUUUUACAUCUCCUACUCACUGUCAGACAUUACAAAAUAACGUACCUUCCCCUGAUCCAAAAUCUUAUGCUGAAAGAAAACUUGACUCGAAUGUGUAUACAUCUUCAAAGCAAGAAGAUGAUUUUCCAAUGCAAGAGUUACAGGUAUUACAGCCACAGGUAUCUGUUGAGUCAUCAACCCAAAGGCUAUCUGAUGGGGAAAUUAAUGUUCAAGAACCAGCUUACAAGGUGUCAAAAGCAGAUGACAGAUAUCCUCAGAGUGUAAUCAGAAGUAAUUCCCAUCUUGAAGACCAAGUUGUUGGGAUUGCUCUGCAGGGUUCAAAAAAAGAAGAAAGUAUGGUUGGGUCAGUGACACAACUUAACCAACAAAUUGGCCAAGUCAACAAUGCAGCAACCCUUGACAUUAAGAAGGCAACUGAUUUAAUGCAAACUCCACAAAUAAGGUUGAAUACUAAAGACCUAAACCAGCAGCACUCUCUUAUACAUAAGGUUCAUGAAGCUAAGGUUCAGGAGCAGCAUGAUCAAAUUAUUAAUGCCUCAUCUCAGAUUCAAAUUCCAAAUCAUGCUUUAGGGCAUGGCCAUCAGGCAUCUCUUCCUAAUACACAGAUCCUUCUAGAUUCUGCCUGUGAUUUACAAAUUCUUCAACAGUCAAUGCUUCAGGCAGGUUUAGGACAAGUAAAGGCAUCUUUACAAGUACAGCGUGUUCCAAGUCCCCAACAAAUAGUACAUCCUUUUCUUCAAAUUGAUGGUUCUAUUAUUCAGAGCAAUGGUGAUCAUUCUCAGCAGCAACUCCAUACUCAAAAUCCUGAAAUUAUGAAAAUGGAUCUCUCUGAGUCUUCAAAGCCUUUACAACAACAUCUAACGACAAAGGGCCACUUUAGUGAAACAAAUCAACAUGAUUCAAAGAAUCACUUUGUUUCCCUUGGAUCAAUAUGUUUCCCAGAAGCAAUGCUUCUCAGUGAUGAAAGAAAUAUCUUAUCAAAUGUAGAUGAUAUCUUAGCAGCUACAGCUGCAGCUUGUGGGGUGACACCUUCUGAUUUUUCCAAGUCAACUUCAAAUGAAAACAUUCCGGUUAUUGAAAAUGGUGAUUCUAAAUCUCAUUUUCAGCAGUCAUUAGAUGUCGGGCAUGUGAGUUCAGAUUUUAAUUCUCUAACAGCUACAGUAGGAAAGCCACAGAAUUUAAAUAUUUCCCUGAAUGGAAGUCAAGUUACAGUAAACGUUUCACCAGUACCUACCCUUCAGUCAAAAAUGACUCUUGAUCAACAGCACAUUGAAACACCUGGUCAAAAUAAACCAUCGAAACUAACUUCACCAGUGGCUGGACCAAAUCAUGAGGUACAGGAACAAAGUUCUGGCCCAUUCAAGAAACAAUCUGUUACCAAUCACGAAUCUGAAGAUGAUUGUGAAGUUCCUGUUGAUAGUUCAUUAAAUAAUAAUAGAAACCAAGAGUUUGUUUCUAGUAGUAGAAGUAUAAGUGGAGAAAGUGCUACAUCAGAGAGUGAAUUCACCUUAGCAGGGGAUGACAGUGGUGUGUCAGUGAACCCGACUAGGAGUGCACUUGCACUGUUGGCCAUGGCCCAACCUGGGGAGGCAAUCAGUGUCAAGAUUGAAGAAGAACACCAAGAUUUAAUGCAUUUUAAUCUUCAGAAGAAGAAACCUAAAGGGAAAGGGCAAACUAAAGAGGAAGACAAUAGUAAUCAGAAACAGGUGAAAAGACCUGCCCAAGGGAAACGCCAGAACUCGAGGGGAACAGAUAUGUAUUUGCCAUAUACUCCUCCUCCCUCUGAAGGCUGCCAUGAUGUUUAUCAGCAUCAAGAAAAAAUGAGACAGAAGAUCAAAGAAGUAGAGGAAAAACAGCCAGAAGUCAAAACAGGAUUUAUUGCCUCUUUCUUAGAUUUUCUGAAAUCUGGGCCCAAGCAGCAGUUUUCCACUCUUGCUGUACGAAUGCCUAACAGGACUAGACGACCAGGGACCCAGAUUGUUCGUACAUUUUGUCCUCCACCAUUUCCAAAGGCUUCAUCUACAACACCCACACCGUUAGUGUCUGAAACUGGGGCUAACAGUCCAUCAGAAAAAGUUAGGGAACCCAAAAACUUAGAACAUUUAUCUUCAUUUUCUUCUGAUGAAGAUGAUCCUGGAGUAUGCAGUCAUGAUAUUUAUAAAAGCACCUCUACUACCUUAACUACUUUGGAUGCUACAUCUGAUAAAAAAAAGAAAACAGUUUCAGAAGCCCUACAAGUGGCAACUACUAGCCUAAUUGCCAAUACUACUGGUACUGCUACUACUUCCUCCACCACUGUGGGUACAACUUCGUGUGCAGUAAAUAUCUUGGAAAAUAAAAGCUCUACAGAACUCCCAAAACCCAUUGAACUUGAUGGUCUUCCUUCAAACCAGUGUGCAAAAGGACAAGACACUGUCGCCAUAGAAGGUUUUACAGAUGAUGAGAACACAGAAAGUGGAGGAGAAGGCCAAUACAGAGAACGUGAUGAAUUUGUGUUAAAGAUAGAAGACAUAGAGACUUUUAAGGAGGCUUUAAAAACAGGAAAAGAACCCCCUGCUAUUUGGAAAGUACAAAAAGCUUUAUUGCAGAAGUUUGUUCCUGAAAUUCGAGAUGGGCAAAGAGAAUUUGCUGCUACAAAUAGUUACCUUGGAUAUUUUGGAGAUGCAAAGAGUAAAUACAAAAGGAUAUAUGUGAAGUUCAUUGAAAACACAAACAAAAAGGAGUAUGUCAGAGUGUGUUCCAAAAAGCCAAGAAGUAAGCCUUCACAGACUAUCAGAACUGUUCAGGCUAAGCCUAGUAAUAGCAGUAAAACUUCUGAUCCUCCAACACCAAAAACUACAACUACAAAAGCCCCUUCCAUGAAACCCAAAGGUAAACAGCUAAAAGUAAAGGCUGAGCCACCACCAAAGAAACGGAAGAAAUGGAAAGAAGAAUUUUCAUCGUCCCAAUCUGAGUCAUCUCCUGAGAUCCAUUCUAGUAGUGAUGAUGAGGAAUUUGAUCCUCCAGCUCCCUUUGUCACUCGUUUUUUGAACACAAGAGCAAUGAAGGAAACCUUUAAGAGUUACAUGGAAUUGCUUGUUAGCAUUGCCUUGGACCCUGACACAAUGCAAGCCUUAGAGAAGAGCAAUGAUGAGCUACUUUUGCCUCAUAUGAAAAAAAUAGAUAGCAUGCUGAAUGAUAACCGAAAGAGACUUCUUUUGAAUCUUCAUUUGGAUCAGUCAUUCAAGAAUGCUUUGGAAAGUUUUCCUGAACUAACAAUAAUUACUCGAGACUCUAAAGCAAAAAGUGGGGGAUCUGCUAUUUCUAAAAUCAAAAUGAAUGGCAAAGCUUAUAAUAAGAAAACUCUAAGGACUUCUAAAACAACUACUAAAUCUGCACAAGAGUUUGCUGUUGAUCCAGAGAAAAUACAGUUAUAUUCUUUGUAUCAUUCACUCCAUCAUUAUAAGUACCAUGUUUACCUGAUAUGUAAAGAUGAGAUCUCCUCUGUGCAGAAAAAAAAUGAAGAUUUAGGACAGGAAGAAAUUGUUCAACUUUGUAUGAAAAAUGUAAAAUGGGUAGAAGACCUAUUUGAAAAGUUUGGAGAACUUCUAAAUCAUGUACAGCAGAAAUGUUCCUAACAUUUCCACAAAAAUUCCGUCUAUUUUAUAGCACUAAUGAAAUGGUGGAGGGUCUAGGGCCUCAGAUAAUCAAAUACCAAGCAGCGGUGUCCUGCAGGCACACCUGCUUUGCCUCUGGGACGUGCCUGCGUCAUGACCUCUGCUCAAGGACAGUGGUGCUGCCAGGGGAGUCCGUCCUUCGGAAGUGGACCUACGUCCUGCCGCAUUUUUAUCCUAAUGAAUGAUGUUUCUAUUUUGUAAACCAUUGGGUAACUGAGUUUUAUUUUGAAAAAUGUUUUUUGACAAAUGAUGAAGCAUGCACUAAAUAUAAUUUUUCUUUAUCACUAGAGAGAUAACACUUAAGUAGCUUGAUUAUUUUUUUUCCUGACUCUGACUAAACACCAGAAUGAAAGAAAGGUGGCAGAAAUCACAUGUUUGUUUUCAUGUCUGGCCACAAAAUGGAAAGUAUUGUACAUUAUGUAAACAGAUCUGGUGUGCUGUGACAUUCUGUAUGAGAGUAUCUUCAAUUUAAAAUAUAAAAUUCAGAAACUGCAUUCUGCUUUACGAACUCCUUUUACUCUUAACAUGUUCAGGAAACUGGAUAUGGAAUUGGUGCAAUUCUAUAACUGCUUUUUGUGUCAAAUUAUAUUGUGAUGAAAAAAAAACAAUGACAUACUAUUUUCCCUAUCUGAAAAAAAAGUAUUUUCCUUUAUACUGUUUUUCCUUUGGAAAAAUUUUCAAUUGUACAUUUUAUUUCACUAAUAGUUGUAUUUUUCACAAGAAAAAUGUGGUUACAAUUAUGUUUGAUGUAUCUGUACUACACUUUUCAUUAUUUUCAGUAAAUCUUAUUUAGUUAUAUAUUGAAUUUCUAUUGUGAGUUCUAUCUUGAGGUAACCGUUUUUGUUUAUACAGAUUUGCUUCAGUGUUAUCCAGAAUAUGCAUUCAGUACUAGAAUUAGUUUAGCUUUAUAAUGGGGUUGUGUUAGACACUGCUGUAAAUUUCUGAUUCAUGAAAAUAAAUUUCUUAUUAAACUAGCACUUGAUUAACUGAUUUGUUGAAACAAAAAUCUAACCACUAUACAUUUUAAAGAAUAAAAUUUAUAAUUAGACUACAUGCAGUGUUCAACACAGCUUACCUGACUUUUAGAACUGGAAGUGGUAGAGCUCUCCUUUUGGUGCCUUUCCAACCUUUAUACAUGCUAUCAUAGCUUCCUUUAGUGUGCUAGCUAGUGUGUCAAGUACUUUAGCCGAGACAGUGAAUGUUUUACGUUCAACAUGACCUUGUGUUUUAUUUGUGUUUGCCAACAGGAUGCCUUAUUUGUUUGAGAAAAAGAUUUACUAGUGUCCUUCUAAAUGAUCUCCUUUUUUAGGAUUCUAAAGAAGCUGUUAAUUACCAUGCUUUUGUUUGUUUUAUCACCAUUUAGUGCCUUAAGUCCUAUCAAGAAAGCAGUGUUACUGCUUAGUGCCCAAAUAAGACCUGCUUACCUGGCUGUUGCUAUUGUCUUAAUUUUGAGUUAACAGGCCAACUUCUUACAAUUAAAAACCUCACUAAACUGGCAAAGAAUUAAAGGUGACAUAUGAUUUGAUUUGAGAAUUAAAACAUUGUAGCAUUCAGUGAAACAUGAAUAUUUGAGUUAAGCUUACAUAUUUAUUUAUGAUGGUUAUCUUUUCAUAAGCAAUAAUCUUUAAUUCAAGAAUCUUUGGACCUGCCAUUAGACAGGAUACUCAGUAAUCAAAGUUUGUCUCAAGGGUUAAAUGUUUCAUUCCUGAAAUUUUUUUUUUAAACCUGUUUAGGCAGCUUAUUUUGAAAACAAAAGUAACCUAUUAGAUUAAUUCUGCUAACUCAAAUAAGAGACUAUCAGCAGUGAAAGCAUCAUAAAAUUAAUUUUGCUAAGUGUAGAAGAAGAGUAGGAAGCAGCCAUAUCUCUUUCUGGUAUUGACUCUGGACAAAAUUGGUUUUCUUUCAUUUCCAAAGUGCAGAGUAGAUAACUACAUCUCACAUUAGUGUUGUAAGUAUACGUCUUUACAUUACUUCCCGGCUUACUUGCCUGAAUCACUAAUGGUUUACAUAUUUUUAAAAGCUAUCUUGCAUUUAGGUAACUUGAAGUGCAUAUUUGAAAUCACUAGCCACAUUUUCUUCAUAAAGCCCAUGGAAAGCAGAGAUAGUUACCUGUAGAAAAAUUACUUGUUUUCCUUUCAACUGCAGGUGUCCUCAAACUGUUUGCAGUUGUAUUCACUAUAAUAAAACAAGUGUUUUCAUAAUAUCAGAGGCCAAGUCAGUAAUACUCCCUGAGGGAGACCCCAUUGUUUUUUACCAUCUUCUCUCAUUUUAUCCAUAUAGAAUAGGCAAGGACAUCAAAUUCUGACUUCAGGGGAAAGUAGGACAGUUACGAUGACAACCAUACGUAAGCCCAUCCUUUAUGAAGUUGAAUAAAUAUGUAGCUGGUUAGCAUUCACAGUCCUUGCCAGGGAGUUCGAAAUUUACAUAGAAAUAACCUUAAGUUGUAGAUUGAGUUAAAGAGGGUAAAGUACAUGUUGCUACAACCCAGAAAAACAUUUCUAAGAACGAUUAAAUUUUUCUACCUGCAGAUACCUGGGAAUAAUUUAAUAUAAAAAAAUGAUAUAUUGGUGUUUAUUUAUAGUUCAUAUUAGUGGUGGGAGAAGUGGCCUAGAAAACAUUAGUAAGAUGGAAAAAUCUUACAUUUAAAAUGGCUUAGAAAAUGUUCAGGUUACCUUCCAGUUUCUAAAAUUUAAAAAUGAAAAUUAUAGAUGAGUCAUACAUUAUUACUGUUUUCAAAGCUUUCCUCAUUUUUUUUAAGUCUCACUUUCCUUUUACUGUACAUAUUUAUUUUCAUUAGAGCAGCUAUUUUCCAACUAUGACUUUGGAGGUAGACUCAUAAAACCAAUAUAGCAGCAGGGUUAUUGAAUGAGCUUUGGGUCCCAAAAAGUUUCUUCAAAUGUACAAGUUGUGAAUUUUAUUGUAUUUGUAGAAUAAAAUUUUUGUUUUAAACUGUAGUUCCACCUGUUUCUUAAAAAUGCUUUUUAAAUAGAGUGAAAUAUCCCAGGAUAACUGCUUCUGUGUCAAUUGCACUUGACACAUGAGCUGCACAAAUGGACAAUGUACACUAUUGGUUGUGCAUUAACCUACUUACAUGUGCAACUUUUGGCAUCUGUGUUCACAAGUGCAUGUCUUCGCAAAUCACCUUUAUUUAUAAGUGAUAAUAAUUGAAGUUAAGGAUACAAAGAAACCUGCAUUUGUAGUCCAGAGUUUUAAGUGGUCCAUAAUACAAUGUAUGGAAAUGUGAAAGACAAUUUUGUAUAUUUGUUUGUUACUA